AUGCCUCUUGAUAUUGAUUUAAAUUUAUACUUAUCAUAUGAAGAAGAAGAAAUAACUAAUGUUGAGUUGAAUGUAAAUCCCUCGUACGUUGACUUGAAUGUGUAUCCUUCAUAUGAGGAAGAAUCUAAUGUUAAUUUAAAUGUGAAUCAUUCAUAUGAAGUAGCAGAAGAAGAAUAUAGAGAUGAUUUGAUGAAUGUUGGUCUAUCAUAUGAAGACGUUUUUCAUGAAAAUGAGGUUGGAACUCAUUCUUCUACCAGUCACAUAAUCAACCAUAUUGAUAUCUCUCUAAAUGAGACAACAGGAAAUGUUGUUAAUGAAACACAACCAUUGAAAAAGAAACGUUCUUUUUUGGACAACACGCAGCGGAAAAUUAUUUCUGAAAUAUUGAUAAAUUCAAGCUUCUCUACCGAUGUUAUUUAUCGGAUUUGGAGACAGAUUAAUGAAACAGGUGAUGCAUGCCACAAGAAAACAAAAAAUUAUGGUCGUAAAAGAGUUGAGAUAGACUUUGAAAAAAUUCGUGAUAUUUCGUUACCUAAGCGUAGCACUUUUCGAUCUUUAGCAAAAGCUUUAGGUAUUAGAAGCAAGUUAAUAUUGGAAAAAUAUGUGAGUGAAGAGGUAUUGCGUAAAAAUUCAAGCGCAUUGAAGCCACAUAUGAAGGAUGAUAAUAUGAAACAACGUCUUAGAUUCUGCUUGAGUAUGCUUGAGGAGACUACCAUUUCUCAUGAUCCAAUUUUUAAAUCCAUGUAUAACAUUGUGCACAUAGAUGAAAAGUGGUUUUAUAUGUCAAAAAAUUCAACAAAUUAUUACCUUCUUGCAAAUGAGGAUGAUCUAUAUAGGACUUGCAGAAACAAAAAUUAUAUUCAAAAGGUCAUGUUUUUAGUAGCGGUAGCUAGACCCAUAUUUGAUGAUGAAGAUAAUGUGACGUUCACUGGAAAAAUUGGUGGGUUUCCCCUAGUCGAUAAAGUGCUGGCAAGAAGGUCAAGUGUCAAUCAAUCAGCAGGGACACUUGAAACAAAACCAAUUACUUUUAUCACUAAAGAUGUCAGUCGAAUGUUUUUAAUAAACAAGAUCUUACCAGCCAUCAAAGAAAAAUGGCCACGAGAGCAUGCAUGUGAGACAAUUUUUAUUCAGCAAGAUAAUGCACCGUAUCAUGUUUCUUUAGAUGAUGAAGAAUUUCGUGUAGCAGCUUCUGAAGGAGGUUUUGACAUUCGUUUGACUUGUCAACCACCUAAUUCUCCCGAUUUAAAUGUUUUGGGUUUAGAUUUCUUUAGUAUCAUGCAAUCAUUGCAACAGAAAAAAGUGGUUAAUUCAGUUGAUGAGCUUAUUCAAGUCGUAGAAAAUGCUUAUGAGUCUUUUGAUAUCAAAAGUUCAAAAAAGAAUUUUCUUACACUUCAAUCGUGUAUGGUUGAAAUUAUGAAGAGGAAAGGAUCUAAUGAUUAUAAAAUUUCUCAUAUGAAAAAAGAUGUAUUGUUUACUCAAGGAAGGCUACCCAUUCGACUCAAAUGUGAUAGAUAA